CCUCCACCGGCCAAUGGCGGGCGGCGGGCGGGUGGGGGGCGUGGCUGCGGCGGGCGCUGGGUGUCAUUGAUUAGAUCGGCUCGGAGGGGGACGCGCAGCGCGCGAGCGGCCCGGCCGGGCGGGAGGGAUGCGGGAUCUCGCCGCCGCGCCCCGCAGCGCCACCAGCCCCCCCACGGCCGCUCCCGGCUCCGCGUGGGAAAGGAAGGGGGGCGCGACACCCCCGAACUCGCCCAAAGCGCUGCGAGGGUGAGGACUUGGCUCCGCUGCGCGGUCCCCGAGCGCCCCGGGGACUCGCCGACCCGAGGAUGCAUGUCGGGAGGGGUGUGUGUGGAUGAGGACAACCCCCCGCCGUCACCUCCGCCCCGGCCCUGCCGAGCCGCCCCGCGAGGGUCUCCCCUCCCCGAGGGGCAGGUCCCGAGUGCGGGAGUAUCUCCCGCCUGCCCGCGGGGCCGCGGCGCGGGGCAGCCCCGGGUGAGGGGCCGGGGGCCGCAGCAGCAUUCUCCGCUCCUCUCCCCGCCCGAAGCGGCGCGGCAGGAGGCUCCCGGCCGGGGGCGGUGGUUGCGGGGGGAGGACCGAGGCUGGAAAGGUGCGUGCUCGGAUUGCCGGAGCGCCGGUCUCGACCCGCGCGUACCGACAUGAAGCUGCCAUUUGUGACCAGCGUAUGAUUUAUUCCGCUGAUCUGUUCUGCUGCCAUUGGACACUGUGAAUACAGAGCACAUCAAGAAUUGUGUGAAACCUGACUACAAAGUUAUGCAGCUUCUCAGGUGGUAAAAAAAUGGGAAGGAGAAAGCAAGGAAAUGAUCAUUACAGUUUAAACUACAAAGAAGAUAGAAGGAAUGUCAGCAGGGUCGGGAUGAAGCUAGUGCCAUAUGUGGAACCAACCAGUGCAUCCAAAACAUUUUUGCAACAGUGAUGAAUACCCUGGCUAUGUGGAGAUUACAGUACAGAGAGAAGUUCCCAUGAGGGUAAAUUGGAGAAGACUGUAUGCUGGGAAAGAAGCUCCAUCAGAGAAAAGUUGCCUGGGGCGCUGCAACUACUGAGAUGGAGCAAAGCUAUCACCCUUGCUGGACUCAAUGGCUGUGUACAUAUGGUGCUGCACUUGGGAACUUUGAACUGUCUGUGGCAUUGUCUUUAGAGGCCAGCACAUGGAAAUUUUCUUUUAUCUGAAGAAGAAGACACAGAGAUGGUACUUACAACAAAGUCUGUGGGAAGAUCCACCAAGAUCUGCUGGAGAAAGAAUCUCAGCAAAAAAACAGACAAUAGGGAAAUGCUUCUCUCUGCUUUUGCUGGCCAGUUUGCAUGUAAAAUUCACAUAGAGAGACACUGCAUGUAAAUAAGGCAAGGGACAUACAUUUACUGCAGAAGUUAGUUUGUCUCUUGAUGUUGCCUCUGUAGCAUCUCAUCAUGACUGUGUGCCAAAUAGCUCCUGGCAGAUGCUCAGCUCAGUGAGCCUACAUUCCUUACCAGCUACAGUUUAGCAAAUACUUGGAAGAGACAAAGUCAGACUGUGAAGCUAUUGAUUCAGAAGGGAUCUUGCUUCAGAGGUAGAUGAUGAUUCCAUUAAGAAAGCAGAUGACAGCUACAGGUUCAAACAAGCAAAGGCAGUGUUGAGCAAACCAUGCUGAUCUUUGGCAUAAGACAACUAAUUAAUCCAAAACAACGGUUGGCUCUCAAAAAUAUUCUCCCAAAGGGAAUUCUAAAGGUUGUCUUUCAGAAGGAGGAGCAAGUUCUCUAAAAAUGCACAGAUACUCCUAAAUCCUAGCUAAACAGUAGGAAUAUUGCAUGUUACAAACAAGAUUUGAAAAAUGAUACAAAGUCAUAUAAGGUGGUGCUUUGGUUCCAGUUGUUGUCUGUGUAAUACAAAAGAUAUAAUAAAUUAUUAAUAAUGAUUGUCCUGAUUUCGGCCAGGACAGGGUUAAUGUUUGCAGUAGCCAGGAGGGGGCAUGGCAAAGACUGAGAGGUUAUUCUAUGCCGCCUUAAGUCAUUUUCCCUCUCUUCAGAGUCUUUGGGGUCCUGCAAGCUGGGGGAGAUCAAGUAUUGGGCUCUGGGGUGAGGAUUUGCAUGUGAAUUGCUCACCUUUCUUGUACACUUUUGUUAUUAAUAUUGUUGCUGUUACAGUGUGUUUUCUUAUUUAAUUGCUAUUUCCAGUAAAUUGUUCUUAUCUCAACCUGUGACCUUUACCUUCUGUGCAUCCAAUUCUCUUCUCCAAGCCCACUGCAAGAGGAAGGGAAGAAGGAGGGUAGAAUAAUUGAGUGGCACUUGGUUUGGAGUGGUGUCUGUCCCAACACUAAAUUGAAGAAUACAAUUCCUAAACCAUGACUAUAUUUUUACACACAGUCCAGGAUUUUUUAAGUAAGCUGAUUCUUGCCAAUGAUGCCAGGCUGUUUUGCAGGAUGUCAGCUACUGUUUCUGCUAUUUUGUUUUUUACAGAACAGACAAAUUUUCAUACUCAGUCUAGAAAAGGAAGUUGAAAAUUUUAUUUGAGGAAGAGAAAAUAUUAACUUGAGCCACUCAGAAAUUAUUUGUGAUCCUCUUAAGGACCCUGUCUGAGGCAGCCCAGAGGGAGAAGUGAUAACAGUUGAUAAAGAAAAAAAGUGGAAAAGAAUAACUGAUCACAGGAAAAACAGUGAUAAAGUCUGACAACCAAGGUUUAACAUGGAAACCAGCAAGAACCAUCAGAAUCACAGAACUUGGCCCAAAGUGCAGCUGUUGUUUGUUAGGUGAAUUUUUCGAGUGUGGAGUGAUGGAAUAGAGUGCCUAGUGCCCUAAAUAUGCUCCCCGGGAUAUAAGACUAGACAUAUAUGUGCCCCAAAUCAGACAUCUUCAGACACGCUGAUAUUUGCUUCACUAUACAGCAAAGCCUUCACCAUAGAGUCGGCCUUUUGGUGGACAGGGGACUGCAUCCCUUUAAUUAGCCAAUGUUGGCAUCCCAGAGCUGAACUGUAAUGUCCCAUCAGUUUUCCAUGUGCAGACGUGUACCCUCAAUGUACUGUACGUGACAUUGGUGUUACAGACUUCCAAAAUCCUUUUGGACCCAAGGGACAAAGGGAAAAAAUACAGUUGACAAUAAAACCAUUAUAUGGGAAGUGAGGCAGUAAAAGUUAAUAAUUAUCCCAACCUGGGCAUGGUUUAAUACAAAAUGGAAAAAAAAAUUACAGUGGAAAAUUGUUUCCUGUAUUUUCUUUUAUUUUACUAUCCAUACUUCCUAUUGAGGUCUCUAAUGUUUUCAGAAUAACACUGUAGUCACACAUUUUCAGUUGUCUUUCUCUGAAUUUAUCCAAUUAAGUAAUUCUAAAUGUAUUUUUGCAGUUAUUCACUCUCACACAUUAAUCUUCAAGAAAGUCUAAGUUAGGUCCCCUGAAAAUGUCUAUUUUUUUUGUGAUUCAUUUUGGUUAUUUCCUCUUUUGCAUGGUUGGAAAAUAUCUGUGCAGCUGUAAUUACUCCCAUAAAAUGUGGAAGACCUGUCCCUUGCACCAUCCCGUGCUCUCACCACUGAUGCUUAGAAUCUUCCUCUGUCAAAUUGAUAAAAGUAGGAAGUUGUGAAAUGCUGUUUGUUUGGCUAUGACCAUCCCAUAAGUACAGCUGUCAUUUUUUAGUUAGAAUGGUAAUGCAAAACCUAAAUGAUGAUAAUUUAAAUGUCAACAAUAUCAAGACCAAAACAUGAAAGAAGAAAGAGAAAUGAUACUAAUUAUACUUUAAGAUUAUAGACUCACAGAUUGGAGAGCAUUUUGAGAGGUAUAGUAAUUUGUCCUUUAUACAGGAUAAAUUAGACUUAAAUCAUUCAUCUUUGCUAUUUUUCUAACUUGUUUUUUAAAACUUCCACUGAUAUAAAUUCCACAACCUUCCCAGAUGAAUUUCACCUUCUGUACAGAUCAAAAGUUGUGCCUAAACUAAAUCUAACUUUCUACAAUUUCGGAGCAAUACUUCUUGUCCUUGCUACACGGACAAGGAAAUCAGCCUUCGUUUGCGAUGUAUCCUAUAUUUCAGAUCUGAAUUUUUUUUGUAUAAAACAAAUUUCUCUAGAUUCUUCUUUUCUUAUACCUUUGCUCAUUUCUGAUGAGUUAGAAAUAUUUCUUCCUGUCAAAACGGGAUUCUUCUCCAACUGUGUAAACCUAAAUAUCUAAAUAUGUCUGUCACACACACACUACUGAAAUGCUGUAUUUAUAGACAAAGUCAUGUGAAUCCUUAAGAGCCACUGGAAAUGUAAGGCCUAAUUUAUCUGCCCACACAUAGGUGCCUAACAUCAUGUGAAGUACCCAGUGUGUCUCAAAGAUCCAGAUGGGACUGUCAGGUGUGACACAACAGUAAUGAAACACCUGUGCUUUCCUGAAAUGGCAUCUGGAGGUCACUGAAUCAAGCCCAGGGUAGCCUGGAGAGCUAUUCAUUUGAUGGUGUGUAUAUACCUACUUUUAGGUGAGCUGAAUAGCCCUCUGGGCUCCAUUGGCUGCAUAUAUUUAAGACUCAGUUCUGUUACCCAAACACGCAGAUGCCAAGGGCCAUUUGAGAUGCCCCAGCAUACCUGAGAUGUGCAGAUGUGACCUCAGGGUAUGACGCAAGGCCUGCAGUGACAUAUUUUUCUGGAGGGGCUGCUGGGGGACAGGAAUGAUACCAUAGGGUAUAUCAAACUGUACUAGACACACAUUAUGAGUAGCUAAGCCAAACAGUACUUUGGCAUUUUUUCAGCAGCAUUUCUGUCUAACUCAUUGAUUUCAAUGUUCUGCAUGUGGUUAUUUAAAUCUACUUUAAAGUGAUAUUUUGCUCUUGUCCCAUUUUGAAUUGCAGUUUAUUUACUUUUUACUAUAUUCUACUCUUGUAAAUCAUUUUGAAUUUUAACCCUGUGCUUCACUGUGCUUCCAUCUGUUCUGAGUUUCGUAUCAUUUGUAAAUUUAAUAAACAUUGCUUCUAUUGCACUGUCCAUAUAAUUAAUGAAAAUAUUAAAUAAUGCCAGUUUCAGAACAGACUUCCGUGGAACACCACUUGACACACCUUUCUUUUUUGACAAUGCACCACAGUACCUACUUUUUCAGUAUGAAUCUCCAGCUAAUUGUACAUGCAACUCACAAUGUUUUGAUCUAGAUGAAUUUUCACUCAUUUUAUAGUGAGAACAGGAUGUGUGGCAGUGUUACAUACAUUACUUACAUUAUGGUAUAUGACAACAAAUCCUUUUUCUCCCUUACUACAAAUUGAAGUUUCUUUGAAAUUACAUAAUUUGUUCUUGACAAAUCUGUGUUGGCUGUUACUUAGCCUCUUGCUCUUUCUGAAUCCUUACCAACAGACAAUUUGUCCCAGAAGUUUUCUGAGUUUGAAAGUAUAAUAAUAGUCCUAUAAUAUUCUGAUAACCUUUGUGUUUGUCCCAUUCAUAAUCUGAAAAUUAACUGUCCUGCACUAAUAUUUUUGUUGCUUCGCCAGAUUGCAAUCUAAGUAUCUCAGGGUAAAUUUCACUAGGUCUAGAUGAAUAAUUUAAAGACUAGUACCACAGAAUCACAGAAUAUACUUGGAAGGGACCUGCAAGGAUCAUCGAGUCCAACCCUUACUCCUGCAUAGGACCAUCCCUGAGUCACACCAUGUGUCUGAGAGUAUCAUCCAAAUGCCUCUUGAACUCUGGCAGGCUUGGUGCUGUGACCACUUCCCUGGGGAGCCUGUUCCAGUGCCCAACCAUCCUCUGGGUGAAGAAUCUUUUUCUAAUAUCCAACCUAAACCUCCCCUGACACACCUGGAGGUCAUUCCCUUGGGUCCUGUCACUGGUCACUAGAGAGAAGAUAUCAGUGUCUUUUCCUCUCAUGAGGAAGUUAUAGACUGUGAUGGGGUCUCCCCUCACUCUCCUCUUCUCUUCUCCAGACUGAACCUCAGCUUCUCCAAGUGACCUCAGCUGCUCCUCAUACAGCUUCCCCUCAAGGCCCUUCACCGUCUUCGUUACCCUCCUUUGGACCCUCUCUAAGAGCUUAAUAUCUUUCUUAUAUUGUGGUGUCCAAAACUACACACAGUAUUCAAUGUGAGGCCACACCAGUGCAGAGCAGAGCAGGACAAUUCCCUCCCUCGACCGGCUGAAGAUGCUUUUCCUGAUGCCCCCCAGGACAUGGUUGGCCCUCCUGGCUGCCAGGGCACUGCUGACUCAUAUUCAACUUGCCAUUGACCAGGACCCCCAGGUCCCUUUUCCAUGGCACUGCUUUCCAGCAUCUCAUUACCCAGUCUGUAUGUACUUCCAGGGUUGUCUCAUCCAGGUGCAGAAUCCAUCACUUUCCAUUCUUGAACUUCACAUGGUUGGUGAUUGCCUAGUCCUCUAAUUUGUCAAGGUCUCUCUGCAGGGCCUCUCUGCCUUCAAGGGAGUCAACAGCUCCUCUGAGUUUUGUCUCAUCUGCAAACUCACUUAGGAUCCCUUCCAGUCCUUUGUCCAAGUCAUUUAUGAAGUUUUUGAAUAGCACAGGGCCCAAGAUGGGGUCCUAUGGAACCCCACUAGUGACACGUCACCAGUUUAUGUUGUCCCAUUCACUAUUACCCUCUGUGCUCAUCCUGUGAGCCAAUUGCUCACCCACCACAUGAUGUGUUUCUCCAGCUGUGUGCUGGACAUUUUGACCAGAAGGAUCCUGGGAGAGACAGUAUUGAAAGCUUUAAUGAAAUCCAAAAGGAAUACAUCAGCUGGCUUACUUUGGUCAACUAGGUGGAUUACUUUGUCAUAAAAGGAAAUCAGAUUUGAUAGGAUAUUACUUUAAUUUCUCAAAUAUUUGAACUUCAUUGGAGUGUUGGUUUUGUUUUUUUUUUUAGAUAAAGCGCUUUUUAAAGACUUUUUUUAUUAGUUUUUGCCAAUGUAGAUACUGUCAUUGCCCAAACAAAAAGGAUUGACUCUAGAAUAAAUCUGAAAGGAUGGUUUAUGAUUUUAUCCCUAAUUAUUUUUGACAGAUGUUAAUAAACUUGAUUAACAGUAUUAAUAUUGCUAACUGUUGAACAAUGUUUGUCUUUAAACAUGAAACAUGGUUCCUUAUAUACUACAAGUGAGGUAUUGGAGGAAAUAUCUCACCUGCUAAAGUAUUCUCUGUAGCAACAUUCUAAAAUAACAAGCUUGUAAAUAGUAAGAAGCACUGCAUGCAUAACACCAAAGUAACGUUAAGGCUAGGCCAGGCUUCCUUUAGUUUUUGUGAACCAAAGAAAAUAAAAGCACAAGAAGAAACUAAGAUAGGAAUGCCAGACUGUAAUAAAAUGGUUUUAUCAGAACAGAGCUGUCUGGUGCAUACCAGAUUCUCCUAAAGAUGAAAUAGAAAUAAAUAAACAACUGUAGAUAACACUACAUCAUUUAAACAGACUGGAAAACAAACUGUUGUAUGGCCUGGAAAGUCUGUUAUACAAACUCGAGACAGAUCAUAAACAAAAACAAGCUUCUGCAAUUUCAAAGGAAAAGCUGAACCAUGAUUAUAUAUGCUUUAGAAUUUCAAUAUGCAGAAAAAAAGAAAUAGCUUAUUAACUCUUGCUGCAUAAAUACCUCAGGAAGCAUCUUUCUAAAAAGAAAUCUUUCUGUCGCAUUUGGAUAUGAAUGAAGAGAAAGGAAAUUGAGACCUUACAGAUAAAUACUGGGUGAUUUGAAAAUGCUGCCUUUCUAAGUGAACCUUGGGAAACAGAUGUCAUUGAGAUAUUUCAUCCUUAAGGAAAGAAUCACCCAUAGGUGAAUUUAGUUCAUAAGUGAAUUAAGUUAUUUGCAUGCUAUGUUGUCAAAAACAAGCUGUUGAAAUUAGUCCAAAACUUCUGGGUAAACAGCAACAGACGGACUGUACAUAACUUACCAUAAAGUGUUGGAAUAAACUGGAAGAGCUUGUUUCCCAUGUUGUGUCACUUCUACCUGUUCUAAUAUUUAAGAAUUUAUGCAGAUAAACUACUCAGUAUGUCUCAAGUUUUUAAUCUCUAGGGGAAAAGAGAAGAAUGAGAUGUGUAAUAUUGUCCUGAAUGGAAUCUGAAAUACAUAUCUGCAUGACAAGGUACAGUGAACUUUUAGAGGAAUUGGAAAACUCACUGGAAAAAUUCACCAAAUAAAUUGUUUCAGUGAAAAAGUACCAAAGAAUUUCUCUUCUUAUAACUAUGUGAUCAUUUGAUUGCUUUACACUAAGUACUUCUGAGAAAACAUUUUUUGGAACUUGAAACUCUAAAAAUUACUUAGAAGUUUCAUUAAAAGACUUUCUAUUGUUUGUAUGGUUCACUUGGUAUUAAAAAGUAGAGACUGUAACCACUGAUCAGAAUAUUUUCAUCUCAGUGUAUUUCUUUAUAACAAUUCUUUCAUUUGAAACAUAAUGGGGGAAAAAGAUAGUAUGGGAAAGUUUUUCUAAUGAGAGCUUCAGUUCCGAAACUUUCCAGUCAUUUGUUGCAAAAUGAUGAGGAAAAAGUAAGAACCAGCUCAUGGAAGUGAGGGAGAGAAACAGAAGGAGGUAAAGCUAAACUGAUCCCUUGUUCUUUAAAAACAUGUAGUUGGGCACAUUUUUGUUUAAAGACAAACAAACAAUCAAUCUAGUUUUUAGUCCAGUAUUAUAUAUUAGAAAUUUUUGUAACAGAGAAUUGUCAUUCUCCAGCUUGCCCUGUUACUGAGAUUAGAAAAUUUAUGCAACUACCAAAACACAGCUCUUGUCCUAUUAUGAACUGUGCUCUAAGAAUGAAUGCUGGUAUGCCAAGAAUAAAGGUUUUCUGAUAAUGCAUUAUUUUUUUUUGCAGCCCACAAGAUUUUGCAGAGAAAGAAGCUUAAAAUAACAGAAUUAUUUGUAUGGUACAAUGCUUAUUAUUGUUUUAUCAUUUUGCUAGGAUAACAUAAACAUUGAUUGUAAAUCAAAAAGCAGAUUACUCAUUAUCUGCGUUUAUACCAUCAGGGGAUUUCAAUACAAAUUAAAAGAAGUUUAGUUUUAA